AUGACUUCUAGAGGUAGAGGAAAAGGUGCAGGUGUGUUGAGUGGUGGCAUUGUUGGUGUGAGCAAUGGUGGUAGUACAACCUUGGGUGUUGGUGGCACAGCUAGAGGUCCAACUAUGAGAGGCAAUGAUGCAAGUGUGGGUGAUUGUUGUAGUGUAGCUUUGAGUGCUUAUGGUAGAGGCAAAGGUGCAGUUGUGUUGAGUGGUUGCAGUGUUGGUGUGUUGAGUGGUGGUAGUGCUAAUGUAAGCAAUGGUAGUAGUGCAGCCUUGUGUGUUGUCCGAGGUGUAGAUGUGAGUGGUGGUGGCAAUGUAGCCAUGGGUGUUGGUGGCCGAGGCAAAGGUGCAGCUGUGGGUGGUGGUGCUCCAACCAUUUCAUGUCUUCUACAUAAAAGCAUCUCCAACCCUUAUCCUUUUCUAAACUAA